AUGGCAAUCAAAGUAAUACAGUACGUGUUGAUGGUGUUCCCAGGGGACGCAGCAUGGGAUGGUUGUAUACCCAAAGACAUUGGCAAGCUCCAUAAACUUGAAUUAUUAGAUAUGUAUGACAAUUAUAUUAGAGGACCUUUUCCUUCCAGUAUAUUAAACAUCUCAACAUUGACUCGUGUCUCUCUUGCAAAGAAUUUUCUCUCUAGCAUGCUCCCAUCAUAUUUAGGAAUUGACCUUCCCAACCUAAAGCAAUUGAGGCUGGGGGAAAAUGAACUCAAUGGACUAAUCCCAAAUAGCGUUUCAAAUGCCUCUAACCUCAAUAUGUUAGAUUUGAAGAUGAAUAAAUUUGUUGGAGCUAUACCCAAUGCAAUUGGAAAGUUAACAAACUUGAUGGCAUUAUAUGUUGAAGGAAAUUCUUUGAGUGGGUUCAUUCCUUGUACAGUUAACAAAUUACGAGGCCUUCAACAUUUAAGUCUCAGUAACAAUAGAUUGCAAGGGUCCAUUAUAAGAGAGCUAUGCCAAAUCAAAAGUUUAAGUGAGUUGUUUCUUGCCAACAACAUGUUUUCGGGAAAGGCACCAAGGUGUCUUGGGAAUACUUCUUUGCGGAAGCUGGAUUUCAGCUCUAACAAAUUGACUUCUCAUAUACCCUCUUCUCUUUGGAGUUUGAAAGAUAUCUUGGUCUUAGACUUAUCCUCCAAUGCAAUAAGUGGAACAAUUCCAUCUGAUGUGUCAAACUUGAGAGCAAUUAUAGUAUUGAACUUGUCAAGAAAUCAAAUUUUAGGAACCAUCCCUAAAACUAUUGGUGGCUUGCAAACAUUGCAAAACUUAUCUUUGGCCCAUAACAAAUUACAAGGGCCUAUUCCUGAAUUGCUUAGUGGCAUGAUUAACAUGGAGUUCUUGGAUCUUUCUGAAAAUUAUUUGUCUAGUGUGAUUCCAAAAUCCUUAGAGUCACUACUCCAUCUAAAGUACAUUAAUCUUUCCCACAAUUUAUUGCAUGGAGAAAUUCCAAAUGGUGGGCCUUUUCAAAAUUUUACUUCUAGAUCUUUUAUGAUGAAUAAAGAUCUUUGUGGGAAGCCUCAGCUACAAGUCCAAUCAUGUAGGAAAGAAGACAAGCACAUAUCAUCUAAAGUGAUGAUGCUAUUGAAAAUCUCAUUGCCUAUUAUUGUUGUCCUUUUGGUUGUUUCAUGCACCGUCUUUCUAAAGCAUAAAAGAGAUGUUAAUGGCUUAACCAAUAAGGAUUUAAUUAAUUUAGAGACACCAAUGAGGAUAUCCUAUUAUGAACUUCUACGAGGAACAAAUGGGUUUGAUGAGAGUAAUCUUCUUGGCUGUGGAAGUUAUGGAUCAGUAUACAAAGCAAAUCUAUCAAAUGAAAAAAUAGUUGCUGUUAAAGUAUUUAACUCAGACUUGGAAGAAGCAUUAAGGAGUUUUGAUAUUGAGUGUGACGUGUUACGCAAUUUACGUCACCGCAAUCUUGCUAAGAUCAUUAGCACUUGCUCAAAUUAUGAUUUUAAAUCUAUAGUCAUGGAAUUCAUGCCAAACAAGAGUCUUGACAGAUGGUUGCACUCUCAUGGAAAUUGUUUAGAUAUUUUGCAAAGGCUGAAUAUUUUGAUCGAUGUAGCAGCUGCAUUAGAAUAUCUUCAUCAUGGUUCAUCUAAAUCAGUUGUUCAUUGUGACAUAAAACCAAGUAAUGUAUUGUUGGAUGAAGAUAUAGUGGCUCAUCUUGGUGAUUUUGGUAUUGCCAAAUUGUUAGGGGAAAGACAAAAUGGAAUUUGUACCAAAACUUUGGCAACAAUUGGCUACAUGGCACCAGAGUAUGGUUCAAAGGGAGCUGUAUCUGUGAAAGGAGAUGUAUAUGGUUGUGGCAUUUUGUUUAUGGAAACUCUUACAAGAAAAAAGCCAACAGAUGAGAUGUUUGUUCAAGAAAAGUUCGUUGAUUUGUUAUUCAAGAUUAGAGAACAAAGGAACUUUAGUAGUCUGAGCCCAUUGAGAGCUGAUGAACCUGAGGAGCCCCUCGUCCUUGAGUAG